CUCUCCUUCUUUGUAACUCCUGUUGGAUCUGUCCUGGCCUCAUUGAUCCAUGGGACUCCAGAGCUGGCCACCAAACAAACCAGAACUGUCCUCCAUGGCUUGCCUGGAUGUGGAGAGCCCAACCAUUUGCAGGGGAAAAUUCAAAUCAGUACUUCAGCACUGUCUGCAGCAGAGGAGAACUCGGGAGCAGCUUGUAGACCAAGGCAUCUUGCCUUCUCUGAAAAGCUCUGCUGCCUUCCACAAGCAGAUUCGCAGCCUACAGAGAGCCAGGACGGGGAAUUUCCUAAAGUAUAAACUCAGCAGCAGACCGGAACGCUCAGAACUGGUCCGUAUGCAUAUCCUAGAAGAAACUCAAGUGGAGCCCUCACUGCAGGUCACGCAGAUAAGACUGAAGAGGGCCAGACUGGCCAAUGAUCUCAAUGAAAAAAUCGCCCAGCGGCCAGGACCCAUGGAGCUGGUCGAGAAGAAGAUCCUGCCCGUCGACUCUGGAGUUGAAGAACUCAGAAACAAUGGUAAGGCGGAUUACUCAGAUACACCACAAGUUCCAGAUGUUUACAGCUUUGAUGAGGACAGCAGUGAUGCAUUAUCACCACGGCAACCCAACAGCCAACCAUCUCCUCCACAAACUUUACCCUCCCCAGAGAAUUCAAGAGAAACUAAGGCAUCUUAUGCAUCCUCUGACUUCAGCCCUCCUCCACAGCUCUCUCUAACACGCUGCUCUCAGUCAUCUGCAGAUGUGUCUACUUUGGAGAAACCAAGCAGCCAGGGAGCUCAUCAGCCUAACGCCGCUGUCAUCCAAUGCAUUUCAUCAGGUCCACAAACUUUGGUGAAGCUAUCCACAGACAAAAGCCGUAGCAAAAAGAUCAAAGAGCCCAAGUCAAGGGUGAAAAAACUGAAGUAUCAUCAGUACAUCCCCCCUGACCAGAAGCAAGAGCUCAGUGGCGUCCCGAUGGACUCUUCUUAUGCCCGUCUUCUGGAGCAGCAGCAGCAGUUCCUCCAGCUCCAGAUCCUUAGCCUGCAGCAGCAGAAGUACAACUGCCAGGCCGUUGUACCCGUCACACUAAACAUAUCCACAACUGAGAUACAGACCAGCUACUCGGCUCUUGCCCUUAGAGGAAGCUCUUCAUCCACUCCUGUGCAGUUCCAUCAUGCUAGUACAAAAUUGGAUCAGUUACCCGCUAAUAUCGAUGAGAUGAAGGUUGCUGAGCUGAAAGUGGAGCUAAAACUCAGAUCUCUGCCUGUUUCUGGGACUAAGACAGAUCUGAUAGAGAGGUUGAAGCUGUUUCACGAAAGUGCUAAAAGCCAGCGUGUUGCUGCCAUGGAGUCAAGAGUCACUGCAGCAAACUCACGGUCUGAAAACCUAAAUGUAACACCACCCGUUUCCCUUAUAGCUUCCAAAGUCUCCAAACUGGGAAUAGAAGAUAGUAACAUGAAAGACAUUCACACAAAGUCAGAUUCAGACACCUUGUCUAAUGCUGCUCUGUGCACAAGCCCCUCAAAGGGAACCCCACAUCAAGAGGGCCCCACAGAUGCAAAGGUCAAUGAGAAGGACUCUGAAAAAGACAAACGGUUGCAUGAGAAGGAGCGUCAGAUAGAGGAACUUAUGAGGAAGCUGGAGCAGGAGCAGAAGCUAGUUGAGGAGCUAAAGAUGCUACUGGAGGUAGAGAAAAGAAGCCAGCAGAAUGAUUCUCCACCUCAUCUUAGCUCAUUGGUGCCAUUUCAGAUAAAAGAGGAAAACAGAAGUCUGCCAAACUGCACAGUGUCCUGCAGCUCUCCUGGUCUGCAUGUGCAGAUCAAACAUGAGGACCCAUCAGAUCAUACCCACAUAACUUGUUCAAAUCAGUUCAUUGAUGACCAAGGGACCAACAAAACGGCUGAAAAUCUGCAGUCUGUCCAGGCCCUUCUGCCCACGUCUCUUCCUGGUUCAGCAGUUGCUGUUGAACUCCUUGCCAAAGGCAUUAAAUUACACACUAUUGUUAACAGCAUAGCUUCAGGCUGCAUCCAGGCCUCUGGACAUGAGCCAGAGAAAUCAGCAGCACCACAGCAGCAAUCUAGCACUCAAACCCAGCAUCUGACUAAGACAUGGAGAAUGGAUAUUAAGGGGCAAAGUUCACUCAAUGCAUUCCUGGUGUCUGGAUGUGAUAGUCCUUCCUCUCACCAAGCACCCCCGGGAGCACUUAGAGGGAAGCUGCCUUCUUCAAACCCAUCCACUGUUAUUAAGCAGCAAACAACUUUUACAAAUCAUGCAUCAAAGACUAAGGACCCACCUCGCUAUGAGGAUGCAGUCAAACAGACACGCAGCAUGUUAAUAGUUGCUCAGGGUCCCACCGCAGCAAGCCAGCAGAUGGAUGACUUGUUCGAUGUGUUGAUUGAAAGUGGAGAGAUCUCCCCUCUCAUCAGGCAGGAUCCUCCCAGUCUGGAAAAGCCUCUCCCUGUGACAGCCAGCGUGACCACCCUUCCCAUCAACACAGUUCUGACCCGUUCUCCACCUUUAGUGCAGUUGGCCCAGCUGCCUGAGGCAACCCUCAGCUCCCCAGGAAACAACCUGGAAACCUUUCUGGAUGACACAGAGGCUCAGAGACUGAAGCUGAUGGAGGAGUUAAACUCACCUUUGGUCAACAUGGAGAUGAACUUCAGUGAAAACAUCCCACCUUCUGGUGUGAACCUGCAAAAUACUUCUGUGGACAGUAUGGAUUGGCUGGACCUUACCCUUUCUGUGCCUGCCGAGGGGAUUAACCCUUUAGACAUGUCAGUGCUAGGGUUCUCUUCGGACUUCCUGGACUCUCAUGAACUGCACUUGAACUGGGACUGAGUAAUUAAAGGGGGAACAUGGACUUCA